AGUGCUUCUCGUAUGAGGGUUAUAUGAACCUGGUUGUUCUGCUCGAUUAAUCCUCUAUACAAUUCAUGUUGCGUCGAUUUGGUGGUUCAUCAAGUUCGUUGUGGAGGCCGAAGAAUCCGCAUUCAUUGGAAUAUUUGAAGUACUUACACGGUGUGCUGGCCAAGAAUGAGAAGGUGGUGGAGGGAAAUAGAAAAGUGCUAGUAGAAGCUCUACGAGCCAUUGCCGAGAUUCUCAUCUGGGGCGACCAAAAUGACAGCAAGGUUUUUGAUUUUUUCUUAGAGCGUCAGAUGCUCUCUUACUUCCUUCAAAUUAUGAAGCAAGAUGGUGGAUCUCUGAAUGUUCAGCUACUUCAGACCCUUAACAUCCUUUUCGAGAAUAUCCGUCAUGAAACCUCACUAUAUUUUCUAUUGAGCAAUAAUCAUGUGAAUUCUAUUAUUACGCACAAUUUUGAUUUCAACAAUGAGGAGAUCAUGGCAUACUACAUUUCCUUCAUGAAAACUCUGUCCUUUAAGUUAAAUCCUUCAACUAUCCACUUCUUUUUCAAUGAGGCUACGGAAGAGUUUCCACUUCUAACGGAAUCCUUAAAAUUCUUUGACUCUAGUGAGAGCAUGGUUAGAAUCGCUGUACGGAAUAUCGUUUUGAAUAUUGUCAGAGUGAAUGAUGCAGCCAUGUCGCAUUUCGUCAAAGGAGCAACUAAGGCGUACUUGUAUAACUUAGUCGACAACCUUGUCUCGCAGGCCAUUGAGUUGGAUACUUUCGUUCGCUCGGCAGAAAAUGUAAUUGCUAACAGAGAGAGAUUGAGGGAUAAGGUUGACGAUCUUGUGGAUCUUUUGCACUACAUCGGAGAACUGCUGGACGUUGAAUCUACGACUGAAUUGUUGUCCGAAUUAGUCUCUUCUCGUUUUCUGGUACCUCUCCUCCUCAACAGCUUAGCUCCGCGACGGCACAAUCAUGCAUUAUUGCUCACACCAGUUUCUAGUUUCUUCUUCUUUGCUGAAUUCCUGUUGGUGAUAUCUCAUCAUGAUACUAUUCAAACAUUUCUCUCUGCUUUCCUGUUUGAAGAUGCCUCUAUACUAGGAUCUCACUGGGUUAGAGAUGGUGAUACAUAUAGUCUGCAGCCUACGGAACGACCUCCACGAAGUAAUAACAGAGUGUUUUUCGACGCCUUGUUAUGUGCUUUCGAUUCAAGUCAAAAUGAUGAUUAUCUGUCAUUUUAUGGAUUGAUGUUAAUCUACGCCAUGUUUCAAAACAAUGGCAAUGUUGGUGAACUUCUUUCCGCUGCUAAUCUGCCGGCUGUGAAUUUUGAUCCAUUAGAGGCAACGCAUAACAAACCAAGUGUACCAAGUGUUUCUUCUCUGGAUUCCUUCGAAUCUUCGGUGUCGUGCGACGAAAGAGUGAUUGAAGCGCUCCUAUCAGUAGUAGAUGCCGCGGGAAAUGAAGACAGCCGCCUUCGUCCCAUAACAUUGGAGCUGGCUUGCCUAGUAUUGAGGCAAAUACUUCUGGUUGUAGAUCACGAUCAGAUGCAUUCGGUGAUCGCAAACAAGGCCUCUCAUAUUGUCUCUUGCUUCGUUGAUCGACUGGGGUUAUAUGUGAAUUCAGAAAAUCUGUUUCUUGAAUGGUUUGAAGACGAAUACGCAGAAUUUGAGAUCAAUCACAUUAAACUCGAAACUAUCGGAUACGAGCUGUUGCUACCUCCAUGCAACACGGUGAUGUCCGGUCUAGCUUUACACAAAAGGUUGCCAGGUGGCUUUGAGGAGAGAAUCCGAACGAUCAUCCAGUUUUACCUCCACAUCCGCAAGUUAGCGAAGGACAUGUCAGGUGAAGCAGAAACAGAGCUACCGCUGAAGGUGGGAAAUAACGUAGCGGUUGAAAUCGGAGAUUGCAUAAACUUGAAUAAUUCUGACCUUCUCUCUUGCAUUGUUGUUGUGAACAAGAGUGAACGUCUUUCGCGAUUUUUGGUCACUGAUCGUCUGCAGCUGAUCUUGGUAGAGCCAGAUAGUCGUAAAGCAGGCUGGGCCAUUGUGCGAUUUGUUGGACUACUGCAGGACACUCAAAUCACAGGCGACCCCUCUGACAGCAGGUCUUUACAUAUUGUUGUUGAGGGACAGCCUACAAGGCAAAGAAAACGGCAAGCUUUGCUUACUGCUCGUUUUGUAUUUGACGACCACAUCCGCUGCAUGGCUGCAAAGCAAAGAUUGACUAAGGGACGGCAAACUGCGAGAGGCUUGAAACUGCAGGCUAUCUGUGAUCUACUUGGUGUGCCACGAAUAGGGUCGGCGUCUCCACGAGCUAAUCCGUUUAGGAUUGUAAAAGGAUGUGCACCUGGAAGUGUGAGGAAGCAGUUUGGUUUCACAGCUGUGACAUCAAAAUCAUCGCACGGUUCCACUAAUUCAAUCCCAGAUGAUCCGCAGCCACGGCCGUCGUCAAGUUCUUCCGGUGCUGUGAAACAUGUGUGAAGCUGUUAAAUAAACGAUCAGGGUAGAUAUGUUAGUCCACACAACACUAUAUAUACCUUAUUUGUCAAAGAUUUUUUCUUAUAAUUUUUGAAGAAGCUCCUUAGUAUCUUAGUAACGGUGCCUGUUUGAAGGAACCUCUUCUAGAGUUGAAUUCAGGUAGUUCUGAACGAAUCAUGUCUUUGGUUAGCAACAGUUGUACCAAGUACAAGGUGUAUAUCCCAUAAAAACAUUUUUUAGAUGUGAUGCCCAAUGUACAUAUUGAUGUAAUGCUUAUUGUACAGUUUUAUCUGUUGUAUUAGUCUGUUUUGAGUCCUCGCUAUUUGAGGUUCUGACCGUGCUAUGAUUGGGAGUCGAGUUUGUUUUGAACUUUUUACAGUCUGUGCCAACCAGGUACUCCCUUUCCCGUACAAUCGACGCGCCAAAGAUUCACGGCCGUCCGCGCGUAUACGACUUUCGAU